AUGAAUUGUUGUCUGAAACGAAACGUAUUUAAUGACGACCUAACCGUCCGAUUAGAGCCCCAACAGAUCCGUACAUUUAUUCUCACCAUAAAUAACACCUAUCAUAAGGAGGAGAAAUGUUCGUACGAGUGGCGCUUAACAUACCCCAGGGAUAUACCGGUCGACGCAUAUGUGGCCGGUUAUGACGAAACCCGAUCCCAGCUAUAUGUGUGCAGACAUACAUUAAACGGGGUAUUAAUAGCGGGAAAAGCGGGCAAACACUCGGGUUGUAUUGUGACGGACGCCGGCGAAGAGGUUUACAUUGAGGGGGCGUUUGAGGUGUUGACGGCCCGUAACGUCCAAUGGGUGCCCAGACAUGGAGAGGACCCCAUACCAGACGGCGCUCUACUAGUGGGCACUAACGGCGCGCCCAAUACUAACACAUAUAUCGGUCGCUGUGGGACACAAAACGCCACAAUUGUCGGCAAAAUUGAUUAUAAGUUUUUGCGAUUUUAUUACGGUUUUCAUGGAUUAGAAAGAGAUGAUUGCGUUAAUCACGAUAUAUUGGUUUGCAUUUAA